AUGUAUCAUCUCCUGAUUUUGGGGUCUCUGAAGUUUAUUCUAAACUCGGAAAUGUCAGUGGAGGAGCUCACUAGAGAACUUGAAAGAGUCAAGGAGGAAAAUAGAUCUCUCAGGAAUAAACUGGCUGAUAAAAAGGCCGAGGCCAUCGAAAUGGAGCCUUCGAACGGAUACCCCUUAUCUCUAGACGAGUACAGCAGAUACGGGAGACAACUAAUAGUACCAGAAUUUCAAGGGGUUCAAGGACAGGUAAAUUUGAAAAAUAGCAAAGUAUUGGUGAUAGGAGCAGGUGGACUAGGUUGCCCAGCUUUGUUGUACUUAUGUGCAGCCGGAGUAGGGAAGAUAGGAAUAGUCGACAAUGAUUACGUGGAUAAGUCCAAUCUGCAUCGUCAGGUAUUGCACACAACCAAUCGUGUGGGCAUGCUCAAAUGUGAAAGCGCUAGGGUUUAUUUAGAGAAUUUGAAUCCUAAUACCGAAAUUGAAACUUUCCCAAUCCGAUUGGACAAUGAUAAUGUAUUCGAGGUAAUGUCAGGGUAUGAAUACGUCCUAGAUUGCACUGAUACCCCCCAGACGCGCUACUUGAUCAAUGACGGAGCCGUUCUGUGUGGACUGACAAUUGUGUCUGGAUCAGGACUGAAAACAGAGGGACAAUUGAGCAUUUUGAAUUUUCAAAACCAGGGGCCUUGCUAUAGGUGUUUCUAUCCUAAUCCUCCACCACCAAACUCAGUCACUUCUUGUAAAGAUGGGGGAGUUAUUGGGCCAGCAAUAGGUAUGGUUGGAAUCAUGAUGGCCUACGAAGCUAUCAAGCUUAUCACCGGGUAUUAUACAAUGGAAAACUUUUCACCAUUCUUGACGAUCUAUUCUAGUUACCCAAAACAAAGUCUUCGAACAUUCAAGAUGAGAGGACGCAGUGAGAAGUGUGCGAUAUGCAAUGGAACAAUAACACGAAAAGCCAUUGAAUCCGGUGAAAUCGACUACCAGGCGUUCUGCGGUACCAUCCAUUACAGGGUAAUGGAUCCAGAAAAUGAUAGAAUCUCGGUGACUAAAUACGAUGAGCUAGUGUCAACAGACCACUCACUGAUAGAUGUGAGACCAAAGGAGCAAUUCCAGAUCUGUUCCUUGCCCAAUUCGAUUAAUAUUCCCAUAGACCAACUGAUGAAGAAAGAACUGAAAGAUCUGUCACAAUUCCAACGCGGGACCCCUAACUUCUUUAUAUGCCGAUAUGGCAAUGACUCUCAAUCAGCAGUGGAAUUUUUCAGGACUCUUGGGAUACCUUCGAAAGACAUAAUAGGAGGAUUGAAUUGCUGGUCAAAUGAAAUAGAUUCCAGUAUGCCAAAAUAUUAG